AUGGGAAAUAGCUGUACUUGCAUCGGUGAAAAAUCUCAGCUUGCAUUUAACGAAGAUAUCGAAAUCGUAAGCGAAGUCUCAGAAAACGAAGAAAAACAAGAAAAAAUCCUUGGAGAAAUCAACCAGUCCUAUGAUGAAAACUCUAAUAAACUUCAAGCAAUUAUCAGUUCAAAUCCAAAAGUCCAAAUGGUUGAGACUAGAUUAUACCAAAAUCACCUAAAUUUUGAAGAAAUAAUUAUUUAUUUAUUUAUUAAAAAAAUUUAUAGGAAAACAGUAUAGAACCAUUUAAACUUUUGACUGAAGACGACCUCAGAGAUUUCAAAUCUUUAAGGAAUGAUGAAGAAGGGUGGACUUAUAUAGGAGAUUUUGACGAAAAUAAAGAAAGGUCUGGCUUAGGGAUUUUGGUCUGGAAAGAUGGCUCAAAAUAUACAGGACAUUGGAAGCAUAAUAAGGCAAAUGGCUAUGGAAGGCUCAUACAUUCAGACGGAGACGUGUACGAAGGUGACUGAAUCAAUGAUAAAGCCAAUGGAAAAGGAAAAUACAUACAUUUUGAUGGGACAACCUAUGACGGAGAUUGAAAAGAAGACAAACAAGACGGCUUUGGCGAAGAACGAUGAAAUGAUGGCUCAUACUAUCGUGGAUACUAUAAAGAUGGCUUAAAAAACGGCUUCGGAGAGUUCCAUUGGAGUGAAAACACAGUAUAUAGAGGUGAUUUUGUGAAUAACUGUAUAGAAGGAAAAGGUAUUUAUAAGUGGGAAGAUGGUAGGGUUUUUAAUGGGGAAUGGAAAAAUAAUAAAAUGCACGGAUAUGGCAAAUUUAUAUGGCCUGAUGGACGAGUUUAUAUAGGAGACUACGUAAACGAUAAAAAAGAAGGACAAGGGCAGUUUAAAUGGCCCAGCGGGAAAAAGUAUAAAGGGAACUGGAAAAAUGGGAAGCAGCACGGGCAUGGGAUUUUUGUCGAUAACAAUGGCUUCGUGUACGAAGGGGAGUGGAAAAAUGGUAAACGCAUCAAAUUAUCUAAUAAGUAA